AUGAGAAGUGGCACAUUGGCAGAGGAUUUGGAAGCGCGUGGCGAUGCGAUCAAUAAGCAAGGGCACCCCAACUCCACGAGAGUCACUGAGGAGCCGUUUUCCGCGGCGACCGUUGCUGUUGUUGCCACCUCCACGGAAGUGCCGCUCCUUUCUCUCACUGCCACCGAGUCACCCGCUCGCUCUUCGGUUUCCCCAACGACGACGACUACAAUUUCUGCUCCGCUUGCCCCACCUCCCACAACGGAGUACAAGAACAUCCUGGACUCACAGGAUCGGCGAACGGCGCGGCCAGCGCCCGUUUUCGAAGACACCGCGAGGCAGUACGAGGAGGGCGAGCACGUCCCAGAGGAGCCGCACCUCCUGCCUGGGCUGCAGAUCCGGCGGCGCACCUUCACCCCGGCGGAGCUGCUGGAGCGCUUCGGCGACACGGACAUCAUCUACAGCUUCGUGAACGGCAGCGAGGCGAACCACUACUACCGCAAAGCCAUGUCGAUGUGGUGCUUGCCACAACUACGGGACCUGGAGAACGCGACGUACUCGGAGGGCGGUCGCCUCCCUCCUGCGUUGCAGAGCAUAGUGGCGAGCAACACGCCGGCGUGUCUGCCUCCCUACCUGCAAAAUGCGUACGACAACCUUCACUCGACGCGCGACUUCGUCGCCACGGUGGCGAGUAACGCACGGCCUGGGACUGACGAUCGCGAGACGGACGAGCUGCGGCACAGCCUGCGGAGCGUGGAGCAGCACGUGCGGUGGCACCGCGGCCGCGUGGUGAUGGUGUCGCCCGGGCACCACCCGACGUGGGUGGACGGCGCGAAGAACUUCCUUGCUGGGGUGUGCGGCGGUGCGCGCGUGCAGGCGCUGCGGUCGAGCGGGACGCACCUGCGCGUGACGACUGUGCACCAGGACGCCGUGAUGCCGUACGGGAUGCGACUGACGGUGGACUCGCACGUGAUCGAGCAGCACCUGUGGCGCGUGCGCAACGUGACAUCCGUGCACGUGUACAUGAACGACGACUACUUUGUGAACCGCGACGUCGCGAUCACGGACCUGCUCAACGAGUACGGCGGCACGAUUGUGCGGACGGAGAGGGGCAUCCUGCAGAAGGGUGUUCUGGGGUCACCUUCCGGCGGCACCUGGUCAGAAGGUGUGCGCAACACACACUUGUUCAACAUCAUGGAGCUGGAUCUGCAGCACGAGGACUACCUGCCGGAGACCCUCGAGCGGCAGUGGUCUGCUGAGCGGGUGCAGCGCGGGGCCUCUGGCGUGGGCGACCCGGUGCCGCCGAUAGCGCUGAAUGACAUGGUGGAUGCUGCGUACGCGCACGUUCCUGCGUCCCGGCCACCGACUGCGCUACCGCGUCGCCAUCGCCGAUACGCCACCCACGCGCCGUUCGUGUGCUGCACGAACAUGCACCGGUUCCUGCAGACGCGGUACGCGGCAGAGCUUGCCUACAACUCUCUGCAUCACCGAAGGCGAAGUGUUCGGGACCUCUACGUCCCGUUCGUGUACAACGCCUUCAUCAUGGCGCGGCCGUGGCAGGCGUCGCCGAAGUUCCUGCCGUACCUGCUGGAGCUGCACCGGAGCCGACGACUGGGGCGGACGGACGCGAUGUCGCCGACGCAGAUCGUGCUGGACAACGAGGACGGCUGCGGCCCCGCAUCGCUUCGCGGCGGCUUUAUCGCUUCGGAGUGCGUGUUUGCCAAGUUCCUGAACAACUUGACGCUGAACGAGGCGGUGGUGGAGCGCGUGCGGCAGGUGAACCCGCUGUACUUCAACAUCAACGCCGGGUUCAGCAGCGCGGAGGCUGCGGACCAGCUGCGCCGCUUCCUGCACGGCAAGUUUCCGACACCGGUGUACCUGGAGGUGGGCGGCAGGACGAGUUCUGCCGGGGCCGCCGCAGCUGCUGAGGAGGGAGCGCUGUCGAGGCUGUUUGGCGACCUGAUGGCGCUGCCGGUGGUGGGCGUUGUGUCGUACGAGGAGGGCGUGUGCCCGCUUGUGCGGAGCCUUGCGCUUGCGUUCGCGGGGCACCACCGUGGCGGCGUGCGUGUGAGCGUGGAGCAGCACGGCGGCGCGACGCUGCGUGAGGCGCGCGCUGCGCUUGGGCACCGCGUUGUGAGCGCGAUGCCUGCGCCUGCGUGCGCGUACAAGGAGCAGGUGAGCGUGGACCCCGCGGCACGGGGUGAGAGCGUUGCCGAGAUUGCCCGCCGCGCCAUGGGCGAAAUGCGGGGCGGCGUGGAGCUGCCGUGGACGUGCGGCGGGGGCGGCGCUGGGCUGCGCGUGCGCGGGUUCGUGGUGGACGCGCGGACGCGUGGGGCGCCUGUGCGGAGCGCUGCUGCGCUGCGGGACGCGCUUGCGGUGCCUGCGCAGACGCUGUCGCUGGAGGACUUCCGCGCCGUUGCUGUUGGGCCGUCGGAGGGCGACGUGGUGCUGGUUGUGUCGCGCGAGGACGCGGAGGCGCAGGCGGUGCACUGGGUGAAUGGGGCGUCGGAGAGUGACCUGCUCCUGACGUACCCGCUGCCGGUGGAGGCGUACGAGGACAUGGACGCGGAGGUGCGGUGGUCGGUGCCGUAG